UCAAAACAAAAUGUCCGAUAGAAAGGAAUAAAGCUUUCAUUGUUCCUUUAAAAAUUAAUUUUAGGAAAACAGGAAUAAUGAAGGAAUUGGACAUAAAUAUCGAAGGAUAUAAUGUAAACGGUAUAUGUGUUGGUUGUCUUAAUUACAACAGAAAGAUGUUUUAUAGAAAUGAAGUGAAAGAAGCUUUUAAAAUAAUCGGUGAAAUCGAAGUGCCAGAUGGUCUCUCCAUACAAGUCUGUUGGGAAUGCCUAGCUGCUGUACAAAAUUUAAUGAAAUUCCGACAGAGAGUUCUUGACUCCUAUGAUGUCCUUAUCAAAUAUUCACGUGAUUAUCCUUUCCUAAAUUCACCACAUGAUUUAUCACAACAUGCGACAACUAAAUUGGGCAUACAUGUGAAUAAUCAUGAAGUGACAUAUGAGGAACAAGUGGUUGAGUUCCCCAUUAAAGAAGAAGUUGUUAAAGAAGAGGAUUGUGAUGGAAUAAAUAUUGAUGUAAAGGAUGAAUCCUAUGAUAUGCGUGACGCCUUUGACACACAGUCAUCAGAAGAUGACACAUUGUUGGUAGAAUUAAAGAAAGAGGUUAUAGAUAAAAAGAGAAAGAGAGAAAAGAAGAAGAAAAAAGAGAAGGUUAAAUUGCCUGUGUUAAAAAACCGUUUAAAGAACCUCCCACAAGAAAUAGUUGAAUUAUACACAAUGGAUGAACAAGAAAUGUGGACAGUUAGAUCGCAAGAUGUCGCCAAUGACGAGUUUGCUAAAGUCAAACACAAAUGUGAGGAUUGUGUGAGAAUAUUUGCAACACAGAAGUUGAUGGAUUAUCAUAUAGCUGGAAAACACUCACCUAAAGACAAGACUUCAAUACAAUGUGAUGUAUGCAAAGCGUAUUUUAUUAAUAAGGAAAAUAUAUCAGUUCAUCGUAAUCAACAUUUCAGUGCUUACAAGUGUCGAAUAUGUGGUCUAGUAACAACAUUAAAAGGACUUAUGUCAAGACAUGAUUGUGCAAAACCCUCAGUUGGAUAUAUCUGCUCCGUGUGUAAUAAGGAUUUUAGUACAAAGUCAAAACUUGUGUAUCACAGAAGCAUCUGCAAUGAAGAGAGACCUCAAUGUGAUUGCUGUGGAAAGGUGUUCGCUAAUAAGAUCACACUUAAAUCUCAUCUUAAAUCGAUGUCAGGAACUCCCACGACGAAGAAACCUACUAAAAGUAUGCUCAUACCAUGUAAAGGUUGUGAUAAAGUUUUCUAUUCAGCGAAGAGCUACAGGGCACAUGUCGUAAUCCACGACGGACUGAACUACCCGUGUCCCAUUUGUGGUAAGCUGUUUCUCUGGAAGCGGAAUCUCGCACGGCACACGCGGAAUCACCGGGAAAGAGAAUCGGGGACCAUGCAUCAAUGUAGGGAUUGUGGGAAAACAUUUUCCAGUCGCGAUUGUUAUAAUAAUCAUAUGAAACUCAGCAAGAAACAUGUCCAUGAAAGUGCUUUAAGCCAUGCGUGCCAGUACUGCAACAAGAGAUUCGCAGCGAAAUGGUGUUUGGUGGAUCACAUCGACUGGGAGCAUCUGAAGCGCAUUAAAUACAGAUGUCAGGUGUGCUAUAAGCCUUUCAAAACUGCUAAGAUAAUGAUGGCUCAUAUGAAUAAUAUACAUGAGGGUAGAAACAAAAUGGAGCCGGAAAGUGAGCAUUUAUGUGAGAUCUGCGGAAAAUCUUAUAAGACUGUGAAACGGCUGAAGGGCCACGUUUGGGCCAUGCACACGAACCGGACGGACACGAAGAGCUUCAAGUGCUCCUUCUGCCCCGCCACCUUCGCCUGGCAGACCUCCAUUUAUAAGCAUAUGCGCAUGAUGCACGAUAAUAAGAGAAAACAACCCCGCGCCCUCCCAAAGAAGCAAGAUUCGUAUGAAGUGGAAAUCGCGAAUCGAAUGCAAUAUUUCCCGCAGAACAUCAAUGUAGGGCAGAUACAACCAAUCAAUAUUGUGCAGAACAUAUAAGGAACCAUCUGUGUUAAUGUGUGUAUGAUUCAAACACACGAUAGAUUUGAAUUUAUUUAAAAAAAAAUGUGCCCUCUAGCGGCAGCAUCAUUUCCAAGAUACAAAAACAACAAUAACAUAGCCUUAUUAGACAAAUAUCAUGUUUGUAUAAUUAACCUCAGUAUUAGUACCGUUAUAGUAAACAUGACGAAAGAAUUUAUUUUAAAACUUUAUAACAGCGCCAUCUAUUGGCAGAAUAUAGAUAUAAAAUUCUAGUUUCUAUAUUUAAAACCCCAGUAUUUAUUAUUAUCAUUGCUGAGUUCUGCUAUUUGAACACAAGACGAGUAGAGAAUUAAUUUUUGAAAAAGCGCCCUCUAGCGGCAGAAUAUAGCUAAAAUUCAAAACAGAAAAACUACAAUUAAACUUGUCACAAAUGCCGUGAUAGUUGCCAUGGUAACCGUACUCUUUACAUCGCUUGCCAUGGUAACGGUAAAAUAUUAUGUUUAGCAUUACUGAUGCCAUAUUAGUUAUUACCCCUUCAUUUAUAAAAUGAAUUGCACUGUUUUAACUAAGAUUAUCUGUCUCUUUUCAUCGGAGAACAAACACAAUUUGAAAAAAGAGACAAAAUAGAGUCCAAUUUGUUUCUAUAAAUAUGGGUAGAUAGUUUAUAAAUUUUAUUUUGUAUUUGUAAGCGUAGUAUAUUAAUUUUAUAGAAUCGGUGUUAAUCCGAUAAAAUAUUUUAAUCGAAUAAACUUGUC